AUGAAAGUUAAUAAAAGUCAUUAAAGCAAUGUAUUUUAAUUGGCUGCAUAAAGCUCUGAGAGAAUCUAAAAGUAUAUCAAUUCGAAUCAUAACUCAAGCUUUUUAAAGAGUAUAAUAAUGAAUAUUAAAUAACAGGUAUAAAAAGUGGAAGCAUACCUUUACUCAAUCCUGAUUUACAUGAAUUUGUUGUAAGGACUCAUGAGAGAUCUCCAAAACAAUAUAAAUAAGAAAGAGAAAAAGCACAAGAAGCUUAAGAUGAGUUCUUGAGAGGACAUUUAAAGGCAGGUCCAUAUAUGAAACUACCUUUAAAUAUGAGAAAUGAGAUUUUGGCAAAAGAAAAAAUGCCUCUGAGAUUUGGUAAGAAUCCUAGGACAGAGAAUUAAAGAUUACAAGAAUAAUUGGAAAAUUCAAAUUAUAUUGAUCAUACAUCAAGAGAUCUAACAAUGGCUUAGAGACCUAAUUGGAAACCUACAUAAAGAGAGAAAUGGGUAAGUGAGAGUGAUUUUAAAUAAGCUGGAGGUAAAUUUAAAGAAAAAACAGCUUGGAAAGCAAUGCCGUUUCGCAAUCCUGAUGAUAAUUAUAUAUAUUUGGAAUAAGAGAAUUCUCUGAUUGAAUUUAAGAGAAUGAGAUCAGAAGGAUUAGAAAAGAUUGGUAAACUUCCAUUUAAUCCUGUUAUAAAGAAGAAUCCAUAUACUCAAUAUUCAACAAGUAUAAGAACAUUCAAGCAGGAUUAAGCAUUUGGAAUAGAAAAUAAGACAGUUUUCUCUUAGAAUUCUCAACUUAAAAAUUAUAAGAAUGCAUUAAUUUCGACAAAAUCAAUGGAUCAUAUAAUGCCAUAUAAUCAUAGCAAUAAUAUAUAAUCAAUAAAGAAUUUAUUUCCUAAUUUGGAGAAACAAUAUUUGAAAUCAAGUGUUUAAUUAGGAGGAGAAUUAAAAGAGAUAAAAUUUAAGACUCCUAAAGAAGAUAUUGAUGAAUUUCCAAAGACUUAAAAUGGAUAACCAUCUCCUAUUAGAGAAUAUCCAUAAAAUGAUGAUUUUAAUAAUACUAAUUUUGAGAAAACAAAUACAUAUAUGAAGAGAGCAUUUUAGCCCUUUAAAGUAUAUGAUGAAGAUGAAACAAAAUAAAUUAUAUCAAAAUAUUUUGAGAAAGGGAAUUUUUGA